AUGUUGCAUUCUGGAUUGGAGACCUCUGACGCGCGCACUUUUCAAGAGCUUCGAGCGUGGGGAUCGCACUAUUAGAUGGAAUCGUCUGGUGGAGGUCGCGGUGGUUUUCGUGGUUCGUUUGGAGCUAGAGGAAGGGGACGUGGACGAGGGCGUGGUCGUGGACGAGGUCGUGGUCGUGGAGUUGCAACAAAAGAAUGGAAGCCUGUUACCCAGUUGGGACGUCUGGUAUUCGACAGGAAAAUCACUACAUUAGAAGAAAUUUACAUGUUCAGUCUCCCAAUUAAGGAGUGUGAAAUUGUAGAUACCAUAUUGGGUUCAAGUUUAAAAGAUGAAGUCCUCAAAAUCAUGCCAGUUCAAAAGCAGACUUGUGCUGGUCAGAGAACCCGUUUUAAAGCAAUUGUUGCAAUGGGGGACCAUAACUGUCACGUUGGGCUAGGCGUUAAAUGUGCUAAGGAGGUCGCUACAGCUAUUAGAGGUGCUAUUAUUCAGGCAAAGCUGUCAAUAAUUCCUGUAAGGAAAGGGUACUGGGGUAAUCAGAUUGGAAAACCACACACUGUUCCAUGUAAAGUGACUGGAAAAUGUGGUUCUGUGUCAGUACGUUUGAUCCCAGCCCCUCGUGGGACAGGUAUUGUUGGUGCUCCAGUUCCUAAAAAACUCCUUCAAAUGGCUGGUAUCGAUGAUGUGUACACAAGUGCUCGGGGUCAGACCUCAACCUUGGGAAAUUUCGCUAAAGCAACAUACGCAGCCAUACGAGCUACCUAUGAGUAUCUAACACCUGAUUUGUGGGACGUGGUUCCAAAAACAAAACACAUAUUUGUUGAAUAUGCUGGAUAUCUUAACAAAAUUGCUAAGGAAGUUUGAAUGAUAAUAUAUGUUGGUGGAUAUUAAUUUGUUCUGUUAAUGUAAGUUUGCAGUGGUAUAACAGUUUUCUGCAUAAAUUUGUUUCGCGAGUCCACCCAAGAAAGCUUUCCGUAAGAUAUUUACAAAACGGGUUCUUAAACGAAAAACGACUGUCAUUUAAUUAAUAAAACUAACGUGCA